AUGGAUCUCUCAUCGUAUUCCAUUCCCGACAAGGCUGUCGUGACUCAUCUAGACUGGACAGCCAGCGUUGACUUUGACGCCAAGAUCAUUCAAGCCAAAGCCACUUAUUCGGUCGUGGCGCAAGAAAGUUGCCAGGAGUUGUGUUUGGAUACUUCCAAAUUAAGGAUUCAAAAUAUCACAAACCUCGAGGGAGAACCUCUGGAUUAUACAAUGAGUCCUCCUGUUCCAGGAAAGCUCUAUUUGGGACAAAAACUGACUGUAUCUUUGCCACCGCACAAGAAUAAGGAUUGCAGUAUCACCAUUGUCUAUCAAACGACCAACGAAUGCAGCGCCGCCCAGUGGCUACCGCCCUCUCAAACAGCUGGCAAGAAAUACCCUUACUUGUUUACCCAAUGCCAAGCCAUUCAUGCUCGUUCCCUACUUCCGUGUCAAGAUCGCUGCGGGGUCAAAAUGACUUACAAUGCGACCGUCACGGUUCCGUCCUGGGCCACGUGCGUCAUGUCCGCCUUGCUGGAAAGCAGCAAAAAUGAUGGGAAGGAUACAAAAGUAUACACGUGGAAGCAACCCGUUCCCAUUUCGUCCUAUCUCUUUGCCUUGGCGGUCGGCGAGUUGGAAAAGAUUGACUUGUCCAAACGAUGCGCCAUUUGGUCCGAACCAGGUACCAUCAAGGCGGCCGCCUAUGAAUUUUCCGAGACGGAAGAAUUCUUGGCACUGGCGGAAAAGAUUGCGGGAAAGGAAUAUGUUUGGCAGCGAUACGACCUCUUGUGUUUGCCACCAUCCUUUCCCUAUGGCGGAAUGGAGAAUCCUUGCUUGACCUUUGUGACUCCAACACUACUCGCGGGAGACAAGUCGCUCGCCGAUGUUGUGGCCCACGAGAUUGCCCAUUCUUGGACGGGCAAUCUGGUCACCAAUGCAACCUGGGACCACUUUUGGUUGAAUGAAGGGUGGACCACUUGGUUUCAACGCAAGAUUAUGGUGGCGAUUAAAAAGAACCCAAAGUUCCUCGAUUUUGAUGCCAUUGAUGGCCGAAAACACUUGGGAGAUGCCAUAGAGGAAAUGGAAUCAAAGAAUACCAAAUUGGUCUUGGACAUUGGCGAUGGGGAUCCAGAUGAUUCCUAUUCGGCUGUGGCCUACGAGAAAGGAUUCACCUUUUUGCUCUAUCUAGAACGAUUGAUGGGAACAGCACAAUUUGAAAAGUUCUUUCAGGCCUAUAUUGGACGAUUUGCUUCUCAGACACUUACAUCCGAAGAUUUCAAGGCCUUCUUCUGCGAGUUCUUCGAGCACAAGGAAGAAGCACUCAAGAGCAUUGAUUGGGACUUGUGGUUUUAUGGGGAGGGAAUGCCGCCUGUCUUGCCGGAAUUGGACCAAAGCAUGGCAGCAGCUUCGCAAUCAUUGGCAGACCAAUGGUUGGCCGUUGAUCGAGAGGCCAAGGCACCACCCGCCAAAAAUGAAAUGGAGUAUUGGUCCUCUCUUCAAAUUACUUGUUUCUUGGAUGAUCUAGCUCUAAAAAUUGGUGACCAGCCGCUCAAGCUCCCCACAUUGAAUGCUAUGGAUGCACUGUACAAGUUUUCGGAAAGCCGCAAUUCGGAGAUCUUGUAUCGCUACUGUGAACUAGCCAUACCAGCUGAAGAUGAGUCGGUCAUUCCAGUGGCAAUCCGCUUCAUUACAACACAAGGUAGAAUGAAGUUUGUCCGACCACUCUACCGGGCUCUCUUCAAAACCAAGAUGGGCAAAAAGCUGGCUGUUGACACCUUUUUGAAGAACAAGGAUUUCUACCACCCCAUUGGUGUCAAGAUGGUUGCUGCUGAUUUGUCAAGUGACUACAAGAAAAGUUCGACAACAACUCUGUCGGCUUCUUUGGACAAGUGGCUCAUUCCAGGCGCACUUGUGGCAGCAACCUUUGCAGUGGUGGCCUUUCGCACUCGUCGUUGA